GACCUGUAGGAGCACCAUAAUCCUGCCGCGUGAAAGAUCUCUGGAGACGUAAUCCUGCAGGACACCGUGAGUGGGUUUGCCUCCUGCAGGAUCCCCCAACUGUCCUAUGUAAGACCAAGCAUACGUGACUCUUGUAGGUCCUAGAAUCCCGUAUCUUGCGGGAUCUCGUGAGCCUGUAUCCUGCAGAUCCCCCGGGAAUCAAUCCACUGCAGGAACUCAGGAACCUGCCUCUAGUAGGACUCUGGGAGCCUAUCCACUGCAGGUCCUGUGAGCCUGCCCUUUGUUGGUCCUGUGAACGAGUAUAUCGCAGGAACUCGGGAGCCUCUUCACUACAGGUCCUCGUCAUCCUGCCUCUUAUAGAACUUUGGAAAUCCUACCCACAGCAGGAUUCCAUUAGUCUGUAGUAACCUGUAGGACUCAGUGACUACAGGACCCCGGGAGCCUGCCUGUUGUAGGACCCCGGGAGUCUAUACAUCAAACAGGUCGUGGCCGUCCUACACACAGCAGGAUGAGAAGGCGGCGGUCCGGCCUACUCACCGGACUCAUCCUGGCGUCCGCGGUGGUAUGUGACGGGCUGAGACUACGAGAAUCGGUCAUCCCGCCCUACAAGCUACGAGGAGACACGGUGGAGCUGAGGUGUGACUACGAGCCAGGUAACUCCUCCAUCUACUCCGUCAAGUGGUUUAAGGACGAUGAUGAGUUCUUCAGAUAUGUGCCAAGAGACUCCCCCCCCUACCACAUCUUCCCUCGUGUGGGCGUCACUGUUGAUGAAGCAUUGUUACAGCCUGGACGCGUUGUGCUGCGUCGUGUGGGCUUCAACACCUCGGGUCAGUACCGCUGUGAGGUGUCAGCUGAGGGACCCGAGUUUAACACAGUCACUGGCAGGGGCAGUCUGAUGGUCAUAGAGCCGCCCACGUCAGGUCCAGUCAUCACGGGAGGUCAGAGCAAGUACCACGUGAACGACACCGUUGACCUCGUGUGUACCUCCAGCCCGUCUCGACCUCCCACACAUCUGUCUUGGCGGAUCAACGACAGAGCCGCGCCGCAGGAACUGUUGAAGAAGGAGAGGCCCUACAUGGCACAAGACGGCCUCCUCACACAGAUAUCCCGCCUCACGUUCGUCGCGAGGCCCUUCCACUUCCAGCGAGGCGUUCUGAGGAUCAAGUGUGUGGCAGAGAUCAGUGGACAACGGCUGGCCCACCACACCACCAUCCCGGAUACCUUCAGGGCCUGGGAGAAGUCUUUCCAGGCCAGCGGAGGAGGUCGAGGAGUGGUCCCGAGUCUGGCACUCCUGGCCUCCUGCAUCACUCUCUGUGCCACCUUCACCACCUCCACCACCAGAUGAGAACCAGCUCAUUAAAACAACUUAAUCAUCACCAAUUUGUUCCCCUCCGCCAUUAAGUCAAUUUAUUCCAUCGAAAACAUUUAAUUUGUUCAUAGUUGUAUUUCGUAAAUGUAUUGCUGGACUCUUAAGUGGAUAACUGUAGUGUCUCUCUUAAGUGGAUAGCAUUGAAUAUUAUUUUGUACAGGGACGACAGUUAAUUGAUUGGACAUUAUUAUUGUAUCUUUUUAAUUGGACAUAUCAAUCGGACAAAUCAAUACAUCUAUCGUAAUAUUACUUAACUGGACAAUAUCUACAGAACAAAUCAAUACAUAUAUCGUAUUUGCAAUUUACUGGACAAUAUCUACAGGACAAAUCAACACAUAUCGCAGUAUCACUUUAACCGGGCAUAACCCCUGGACAAAUUAACAUUAAUCACCAUACUAUAUCCUCAAUGGACAAAACUAAGCCGUACACAUUAACCAAUAGACCAAACACAGUCAGUACCUUUGACCGGACAAUACCUACUGGACAGAUCACAUUCUUUAAUAGUUAUAUAUGUAUGUGUGAGGGAAGAGAGACAGUUAACUGGGGAGUAACUGACCACAACAGGAGAGAUGUGACAGGAGUUAACUUUUUUCUAAAACUGUGUGUGUGGAUGUGUGUGUGUGUGUGUGUGUGUGUGUGUGUGUGUGUGUGUGUGUCGUGAUGUAAAGAUAAUUUAAUUUUACUAAGUUAUUAU